CACUAAAUCAUUCAGUGAACGUUAUCAGUAGUGCGCAUGCGUGAACAAAGCACAGCGUUAGCCCACACAAUUUCCAGUGAAAAUUUGAUGCAAGAAGAAGCACUUGUACAUACAGAGUGUAAAUAGACUAGAUUAAGAUGAGUUCUGGAAGUCGUGGUGUACGCAGUAGCGUCAACAGUAACCAUGUGAAGAAUGCUAGCAGCAGCAACAAUAACAGCAUCAACAAAACAGUGGCGUCAGACAGUGGUCCAACACAGAGUAGCUCGGACAAGGCUGCCAGAGCUGCACCUACAGCAGAACAGAUCCGUAUGGCACAGAUCACCGACAACUUUGUUACAACCCAACAGGACCAGGAUUUGCAAGAGAAAAUAGAGCAGGUCAUACUUGUGACAGGAAGGGACCGGGAGGAGGCUCUUGUGGCGCUGCAUGACCACUCUAAUGAUCUUGAAGCAGCAGUCAAUGCUAUCCUGGAAGGCAACACCAACCAGGAUGCUUGGCAUGAGCGAACCAAGAAGAAGAAGCCCAAGGCAAAGGCUGAGUUGGAGAGCAACAAGGAGAAUAGACGUGGAGGCACAGUAGUGAGCAUCGAAGGACGAGACCGGAGCGCUUCUCGUGGCCGAGGUAGCGGACGUGGCGGCAGCUCAAGAGGCGCCGCAGCUCGCCGCGAGCCUGGAGCGGAAACGGGCAGUUCUCGUGGUCGUCGUGGUGCGAGUCGAGGUCUCGUCAACGGUAGUGGACCAGUCAGGGGCCGCGGUGGUCGAGCUAUCCGAGGUGGUCGUGGUGGUGCAGUAGGGUCUGGUGGAGGUCACUUGGGGGAUACAUUCCACUCAAACAGACAGACUUCAUCAUCAUUUGAUGAGACCAUUGAAAUCUGGGGUGAACCUUCUGCGGGUAAUAUUGACACCUUCGGCGACGCUGGAGAAGCGGCCGGUUUGGGUGAUUGGAGCGACGAGUGGACGGGCAGUCUAGAGAAGACUAAUGUAUUUGUCCACAGCAGCGUCGAACCAACACCUCCUCCAGCCUCAGAUCUUACUGCUACAGAUGCAGCCAAGCUCGUCAAUAGCUCAGCUCUGCCGAACUACCAGCAGCCAUCUGGUCAAGUCCCAUCCAGCAGUCCUCAGAGUUACUCUGCUGCCACUGGGUCUGGUAACCACACCUACAUCAGUGCCUCGUCAUCUGUUCUACUGCCGGGUCAACAAGCUUCGGGUUUGUCCGAGCCUGCAGCAAUGGAUAUUACAGCUCUCCUUCAGCAGGCAGCACCGCAAUCUCAGCUCUCAGGACUCGGAACUGGUCGGUCGAUGCUGUCAGGCUCAUCUGCAAAUGGAAAUGCAGUGCACCUGCAACAGCAGCAGCACCAAACACCGAGCAUCUUGCGAGGUAUCAGCACCAAUGUCGGUGAUGUCAUCAAAGCAAGUGGAGGCAUAAGCACCCUGAGCUCUAAUGCUCAGUACGGUCUGUCUACCCUGAAUGCUGGUGCUGCAGGCAUGAGCUAUCCUGGAGUUGUUUCUUCUAGUUCUGUUCCCAGUUCGUCUUCUGGGCAACACUCUAUAUUCUCCUCAGGUCUUCAGAACGACGUGACAAGAACUCUCGGUACCAGCCUGAGCAAGUCAGAGAACAAACCUGGCGUGAUCCUGCCAGGAGUGCCCACUGGCAGUCAGAGACCCAAGCCCGCUCGCUCGAAGGCGCCCCCAACCUCCUCUAAAAUCCCAGAGUCGGCUGUGGAGAUGCCUGAGGAUGUGAUGGGUUCGCUUAACCUCCAGUUAUCUGGCUUGAAGUUUGGCACAGAAGGCUUUGACUUCCCUGAGCCUAAUAAGACAACGCCACCAUCGGCUGCACCUAUGAGCUCAGCUGAAAGUUCUUACCCUCCUCCAUCAGCAAGCUCAUCGUAUGCAAGCUCUCCAUAUGCUGUGGAAAUUUCGGUAACGGCGAGUUCUGCAUACGGCUCUAAUGUUGCUGCUGCUACUGUUCCAUCUGUCUCUGCGGUACCAAGCUCCUACUCGAAUUCAUCUUAUCCCUACGCUGCAUCUGCUGCUCUAAACUCGUACUCCAAUCCCACGCAACCAAGUAACAACUAUAGCUCAUCUCUGUCUUCUGGUCUUGAACGGGCCGAUGCUGUUGCCAGCUCUGCCGCUAAGCAAGCUCACAAGUUGGGACCGGAGCCCAUCCCAUUCCCGAGCAGCCAGCAGAGUGAGGUGUCAGGCUCACACCUCGUGAGCAGCAACAGUAGCUCUAACUCUGCGGACGCGUCGGCUGCUCUGGCGUCUAGCAACUCGUACCUGUCGAUGCGGCCUACCGGUGGUGUGGCCGUGUCAGCCGGUUCAGGUGGUGGCGUCGCUCAGAAGAAAGACAUGAGUGUCUUGUCUGUGGGAAAUGCUGCAGCUGCACUUGGGCUGGGCUCCACGAGCGCUUCGUCUGCUUCAGUUUCUCACUACUCGUAUUCGUUACCAUCAAAACCCACAACCACAUUCCCCUCUCCCCCCUCUGUACCCUUUUCUCAACAGAAUUCGUACUCGAGUAACGGGCAAGAUGUGAACAACAGCGGUGACGGGGGCUACAGCAACAGUGCUGUGGUGAGCAGCUCGCUGUCUGGCCACCAGAGCAGCAGUGCGCCCGUGGCUGUUGACAGCAACCAAGUGUCGGGAAGCAACACGAACAAUUACAGCUCUUCUUCCUAUGUGACUGGUUCAAAUAAUAGUAAUCAGCAAGGAGUUCAAUCACAGCAAGAGCAGCAGUACCUCGUAAGUGGCAGCAAUGCAGUGCAGUACCAAAAUAGCUACAACAGCUCGAGUCACUCGAGUUUGUCAGCUACAAUGAACAACAAAGCGCUUACUCCACUUAAAGACUCCACUCAGUCAAGCUACAGCGGCGGUGACGUGAGUGCUGUGAACAGCAGCGUGUCUGCAGCAAACAGCAACUUAUCCAUGCAGGUGUCUGCAGCCAGUGUGCAGCAACAACACCAGCAGCAGCAACAACAACAGCAGCAGCAACAACAGCAACAACAACUGCAACAGCAACAACAGCAGCACAAGGCGCCUUCAACUACCGUGCCUCCCCCAGGCGUCCCGCAGCAACAGACGCACCAUCACCAACAGCAACCCACGCAUCUCACUCAGCAGCAAGCUGUUGCUGCUGUUGCUCAACAACAAUUACUAAUUCAGCAACAGCAGCAGCAACAGCAACAACAUCAAUUUGUGAACAAUAAUGCGGCUCCAAUUCAAGCAAGCUCCCUGCCCUUCUACCCAUCCAUGAUCUACAGCUUCGAAGAGCUACAGAUGUUGCAAUCGAGAAUGCCUCAUCUCACGCAGCAAGCGCCGUCCACGCUGGCGGGCACUCGUGACGCGAGUGGGUUAAGUGGAGGAGCAUACAGCGCUGCCGAUAUCUCCAAGUUCCGCAAUGAUCAAAAUUCAUCUCCCGUGCCCUCUGCAAUCAACACUCAGGGAGGUCAUGCUGGUUACAUGGCUAACGCUGGCAACGCUGCUGCAAUGCACCCGCUCUACAUGUAUCAUCAGAACGUAGCUGUGCCCAACACCUUCACGCAGUAUGGCACGCCAGCUAUCAUUCAAUUACCUGCAAACACGGGAUCUAACAACUCACAGUUCCAACCUCCUAAGCUCCAGUACAAUGCUACUGCUCCAGCGCCAACGUACUACGACUCACAGGGCACUGGAGACUACAAGACAGGCUACAGCAGCAGCAGCCAAGGUAGCAGCAAGCAAGGCGUUGGCAGCAGUCAGGGUAGCAUGAACAGCUCUGUUGCAGAACUACCAUACAAGAGUCAUCUGGCCAAGUCGUAUGAGAAGCCCGGGUUCCACACGAGCACCCCGCCGCCCUUCAACAUGGCGGGUUCUGCUGGUGGUCCCUACCCUCAUCCCCAGGUGUUCCUGCCUCCUCUGCCGCAGCCUCAGCAUCACUCCAACCUCAUGCAUCACCAGUUGCAUCAGGACGGAAGUAGCAGCAGCGGCCAGCGCGGCAGCUCAAGCGGCGGUCAAAGCAAGGCUGCCUCGAAAAACUAUCCUACACAGUUCUGGGGCUCUUCGUAAGCCCGAGGCCAACGGGCCAUCGUUGGAGCGCACCUAAUGUUUUCGUUGAUGGUUAGGCAUCGCUGCGUUCCCGUCUACUCGGAUACUCUUUUGUGUGCUCUGAUUGCAUUGGUCCGAGCCUCCAUCCCGCACUCCGACAGACACGCAAAUUAGGCAUAGUUUACGUACGUGCACUUUUUCAUUUAUGCGGAGAAGUGCCCUCUUUGUGGCGUCCUUUAUUCGACAGAACCCUAAGUACUCUCAUUCUUGGCCGAUGUGCUCGCGUAUAGGUUUGCGGUGUUAAUUUAUCUUUUUUCUCGUUUCUUUUAUGUAUUAUCUUUGUACGCUAGUUGCUCGCACCUGAUGCUGAGGUGUUACAUGAAUUCGCUAAUGUUUACCUUUUUUGUUACACAGUUUCUUGGUUUCCAUUGGUGACCGGUGUCUCAUAUUGAUUGUUAAGGCGAAGAUGUGUUCAAUCCUCUCUAAAGUGUACAUAACAAAUCUUAUGAGUAGGCCUGCGACAAAUUGUCUCGGCAUGGUGCAUUCAAACCCUGGCUUUUUUAUACCGUCAUCUAUUCUAGUUCUGAAUAAUCCAUGGCUAUUAUAUAUACAAAUUUCGGUAAAUGUAAGUCGACAAAGGUUAUCUUCCCUCCUAGUGCAACCUUCAUCGUAGACUAACCUUAGCAUUUACUUGAUUGCCCGUUAGUGUGAUGUGCCUGUGUAAUUCACUCCUAUUUUCAUUGCUGUGUAAUUCACUCUGUGCCGCGUGAUCACCGUGUCUCCAAAAAAUCUUCCUCACAAAAUUUUUCUGUAUAUUUAAGUACUUAUUUCCAAAGCAUAACUUUUCAUUACCUCAAAAACAAAACUGUAAACAUUGUUUUGUAAGCUUACCCGAUUCAAUGACAGUAAAUAAAUAUCGAAUGUCU